AUGUUAAUCCGUUUGGUCUGUCCUUUCAGCGCUGUAUCAUUCCUGAAAGCGCGGGUGCAGGUGCGGGCGCCAGGCGUCGAUGCCAUGGUGGCAUCUGGGGUUGACGUCUGUCGUAUGCUGAUGCUGCCGAGUGCCUGCUUCCUCUCCGACAUCAAAAUUGCAGCAUUCGCGAAGGAAUUCGUUGAUAAGGGAUGUAGUGUUCAGUACACGGAUGUAUCAGCGAAUAACUCGCACACUCUGCCUCAAACACCCAUCAGCAACGUGUUCGACAGCACUUCUUUACCGUUUCCGCUUCUACCGUAUUUCAUGCCGCACUCACUGGGUCUAAUGCAGCAGCUCGCCUUCCCCUACUAUCAAAACAUAGCUUCCAUGGUUGCUUCGGGCAUUCCACCGCGUGGCGAUGCUGGUGCAGCAUCUGGCGCAACUGCCCCUGCUAGUGCGUUCGACAUUAUUGCUGCAACAAAUGUAUCUGCUGGCAAACAAAUGGCCAUGCAGGAGGGAAAGGAAGAGGACUCACUGAGCCUUAAAGAGGCAAAGAUUGAAUUGUUUAGCGACGAUGAAGAGGACAGCGAGGACAACGAUGAAACAAGCGACUCGAACGAUAUCAGCGGCAACAGUGGUCAAGAAAGUGAAUGUAACAUCAAUGUGUGUAGAAACAUAGAACCAGAAGCUGGCGACCAGCCAUUUCGUGGUGAAAUUCUGAACUGUGGUGCUGCUGCAGCGCGGGACUAUGAAAGUGAAAGUGUGAAUGAUUAUCCGCUGCUACCAGCAACUGCUGGACUGUGUUAUUCCGCGGUGGUGAAAGGUAUAAAGCCAACGAAUAAAAACAGCAAGGCAAUCUAUUGCCCUUCAAGAGACUGUUCGAACACAACAUCAUACCGUAGCUCGUCGAGUAUAAAUCCGGCGUCGGUGCAGUCAGCACAGUGGGAUCAGAUAGUAACGGAUCGAACCGGCAAAUUCAACAAACCUGCUCCACAGUGCUUUCACUGGAACAACCCGAAGCAUCGUCUCGACUACCCCUGCCGAUACUGGCACCCCAGAGAGCAGUGCCGAUUUUAUCCGAAAUGUACGAAUACGGCCGAUGAAUGUGGUUUCGCUCAUCCGUUCUGUGGUGAAUUCUGCCGCUGCCCUGAGGGGAAACGAGAUCCGCAAAAGAACCACCGCUUGCCAGAAGAAAAAUGCUUAGGUGAAAUCAUUUUACAGUUUUAUGAGUGA